CAUUCAGACAGAGUCUCUAGUCAAAGACAGUCGUGUCACGUCAGAUACGUGUGUUAAACGAUAUUUUAUAGGUUAGUUAUAAAGUGUUAGUGUUUAAAUUAACCUAGGUGCAUCAAUUUUCUAAAAUGGAAACCCUAUCGAAUUUACUCCAACCAUACAAGCACAUUGUGGCUACAACGGCAGAAACCGUGACUAUGCUGCAAAUGUUCUCUGGUGUAUUUAUGUGCUGGGAUAUCUACAAACAGAAGAGUACUAAGGGCAAUGAUAUUAUGCCAUUCCUCUUUGGUCUAAUCAUGAGUGUUCUCAAUUUGAAUUAUGGGUUGAUUCUCAAAGAUCCCUCCAUGGUACAAGUGAAUUUCUUCGGUUUAGUGUUGAAUGUAGGAUACCUUUCUGUAUAUGCCAAAUAUGAACAGAACCCGGCUCCGAUGUGGAAGAAAAUCGGGGUUGCUUGCGUAAUAAGUGCCGUUGUGAUCAUUUACACCCAGCUUGAGAAUCCUGAGCUGGUGGGCCACAGAUUUGGUAUUUUUAUGAUGACUUUUAUGAUGUUCAUGAUCGGACAAUCACUGUAUGGUUUGAAAGAUGUAAUCAAGAACAAAUGCACGGAAGGCAUGCCUUUCCCCAUUAUCCUGUCAGGCACGGUCGUUUGUUUCUCGUGGUUGCUUCACGCCAUCAUUCUGAACAAUCAGAUGCUUGCGAUACAAAACUUACUAAUCUUUGCGUUGUUUGCAUUUCAACUUUCCUUCUUCUUUAUAUAUCCUUCAAGAAAAGAAGAAAGUAUCGAUAUAAAAGAGAAAAAAGAAGAUUAAGAUAACAUAGAAUAUUUUGUAAUAAAAUAGUCAUAAGUUUUAAUUAGAUUAUUAUUUAUUGUGUAGGUUAAGAAUGAAUUAUUUGAUACAAUGUAUUUUAUUUAUACACUGUUAUUGGAGUGCUU